AUUCUCUAAAUUUGCAUCUAUCCCAUUUCAUUCCUCCUUCCUUGAGUAAAAAGAAAAAGGCUCUAUUACAAUGGGCAAAAAGAAAAAAAGUGCACGACGUGUCAGUCAAAGUGAAUUUGAAGCAGGUGACGCUCUACUGCCAGAAAUUUUCGCUGAAUCAGGGAUAAAGAAAAAACAGGAUUCCAACAGUGCCAGUACAACUGCGCUUUCAGCCUCUAAUGCAGGUCAAAUGAGCGAAAGGAUUGCAGGAGCGCUCGUGUCAGCACCAACAACUGUAUCAGAAUUGGUAGAAUCGAAUACGGCAUCAACGUCAGAAGAGACUGUUGCACAGGACUUAGCAGGACUAUCACAACAUGAAUCCUCUGAACACUCCAAAUCAGCAGGCAAGGAUGGUAAAUGUCAGCAUGUCAAGGAUGCAGUCAAGCUUUCUAGUCUGCGUAAGGAAAUUAAAAAACAAAAGGAUUGGAACCAUUGCCGACGAUGUUUGAAUGCAGAAAGUAAGGCUGCGAAGAAGAGGCUCGCGCAGCAAUCACUGGAAUCAUCGUUAGCAGGAUUGACUGUUUCAUCAUCCAUGGAUAAUAACAAAAAGGACAAUGAGGUUGUUAUCGCUGCAGAGGAAUUGUCACCAGAAUCAUUAUGGAUGUGUUUGAGUUGCUGUGAGAUCAAUUGUGGUAGGAUGAUUCAUAAGCAUGCAAUAACACACCAUAAUGAAAAAGACAAUAAACAUCCGUUGGCAAUCAAUUUAGGCACCAUGGACUGUUGGUGCUAUAGCUGUGAUAAUCAGAUUGUACCAAGUAAGAAUAAAAAUCAGGUCAUUCGGGAGUGUCAGGCUAUUCUCGAGGACGGACGUUUGAUCAGGCAGUCCAAAAUGAGAGCUGCUUCUGCAGCUGCUUCUGCAGCUGCUUCUGCAGCACCUUCAAAAAAGUCCAAAGGGUCUUCUGCCGCGGCUCCUGGUACACGAGGCACUAUCGCUGCACCCAUAUCCAAGGCUAAAGUGUAUACGCCUGGUUUGAAAAACCUUGGAAACACAUGCUUUUUCAACUCUGUUGCUCAGGUUUUGACAGAGUCAAAGUCCUUGAGGGCUAUUCUUUCCGAAAAUGAACAAGAGGCUUCUGUAUCCUCCAAAUCACCGGCUGCAGUUACAAACUUAGGAUUGGGUCCGCUAACGACCAGUUUCAAAGGAUUUUUGAAUACAAUGUGGAAACAACAAGGCGGAGUAGUUGCACCCAAUGAAUUGUUUAUGCAGAUUACAAGGAAAUGGAAAGUUUUCCGAGGCUUCCGGCAGCAAGACAGCCAGGAGUUAAUGCGCUAUCUAUUUGACGGUAUCAAGCAGGAGGAGCUUGACAUGAUCAAACGUCGGCUCGCAGAAGAAGGAGAGACUGGAAAUGAAAAGGUUAUGAAAGAAAACGAAAAAGUAAAUGGGGACAUCAAGGAAACAUAUAAUGGUGAGGCAAAGAAGAGCAAGAACCAAGAAGAAGAGAACCAAGCUGUUGAAGGGCCAUGUAAGUAUACUCCUUUUAUUGAGGGUUGCUUCUCAGGAGAACUCGUCAGUGUCAUUGUCUGCGAUGCGUGUAAGAAGUGUUCUUAUGCACCGGAGGACUUCUUCGAUCUCUCUCUACCUGUUCGCAACUUUUCACAAACAAAAUCACAAUCAUCAUCUUUGGAGUUUGGUUCGAACUUAAUGGCUCGCCUCCUUGCUCAAUCCAAACGGAAUGCAAUCACAGCAGGCUCAGAGAUCAAGACGACUGACUCCGGUGCUUCGGAUGGUGAGGAUCUCAUCCUGGAGAACAAGCCCUCGGAAGCACAUUUGCAGCAUGUCGAAAAGGUGCUCCGAACCAUUGGUCAAUUUGAUUCAGAAGCUCUUUCAGUUCAACGGUCAUUGAACCAGUUUACCAGCGUAGAUGUCUUGGAUGGCGAUAAUAAGUUUGCAUGCGAAAACUGCUAUAAAUUGAUCAAGGCUUCAGCAAACAAGGGAAAGAACGAUUGUAAGGAGCAGGAGCAGAAACAAGAGCAGAAUCAGGAGCAUGAAAAAAAUCAGGAGCAAGAACAGGGGGAGGAGCAGGAGCAGGAGCAGGAGCAGGAGCAGGAGCAGGAGCAGGAGCAGGAGCAGGAGCAGGAGCAGGCUGAAGAGAUAGUGAGUCUGGAGAUAACAGCGACGAAGCAGGGUACAGAGGAUACCAAGUCGGUUAAACAAAACCCAUCAGAAACGCUUCAAUCUGAUAAGCAACAGAACAGAUUAGAGGAAGAUCAGGCGGCGGAUUCAGGGACAGAAUUCAUGCCUAGAGAUGAUGACAACGAUGAUGACAACGAUGAUAGAGGAAUACAGACGGAUCGACUCGGCAACACAAUCCCUAAAAAGCCAUCCCAGGACAAAAGAACUGCUGAAAAAGAGAAGAUUAUACAAGAAGAACCCAAUUAUAUUUUCCGCAAGGCCUUCAAGCGAUAUUUAAUUUCAAAGUUGCCCCCAACGCUUAUUCUACACUUGAAGCGCUUUGAGCAGUCUGGACGGUUCGGCCAAAUGCGCAAGAUUGAUGAUCAUGUAGAAAUCCCUGUCACUUUGGAUAUGAGCCCUUACUUUAUGCCUGCGAGUGAAAUCGAGCAUGAAGAUGAGGAGGAUAACCAAAAUCCCAGCAAAUCUAACCAGUAUUAUUAUAAUGGUGAUUUGUCAAAGAGAUACAGGUUGUAUGGCGCCGUGGUACAUAUGGGUACACUAGGUGGUGGACAUUACAUUAAUUAUGUACUUUCGUCAAAAGUAGUUGUUCCCGAAGACACUAAGGCUACCGAAGUGGUGUCGUCAGGAAAGAGUCUGAAGAGUAAUAAUAGUAGGAUCAAUACAAAAGUCGACGGGCAGGAGUUACCGGAUGUUUCCUUAGCAAUGCUGACGGCACAGCAGGGAAAGAAGAGGAAAAAUACGAAGAAAUCUACUAUUCCUACAGGUGCCACAGGCAAUGUAUCGAUCCCACAAGACGAUGUUGCAACUUCGCAGGACAACAUUGUGGCUCCACAAGACAACGUUACGAUUCCACAAGACAACGUUACGAUUCCACAAGACAACGUUGAGACUCCACAAGACAACGUUGAGACUCCACAGGACAAUGUUGAGACUCCACAAGUCAAUAUUAUAGAGCAAAGCAAAAGUGAAAAGGAAGAGGAUGUUGUAGACACACGGCAAUGGAUUGCAUGCAGUGACACCAACGUUCGAAUGGCUAGUCUUCAAGAAGUCCUGGCAAGUCGCGCAUACUUGCUUUUCUAUGAGCGAUACUAGAGAGAAAAAUAGUAUAUAAUAGAAAAUGACCAGUU